AAAAGGGGCUGGCAUUCUUAAAAUGCUGUGAAGGCCAGAUCACAAAUAAUAAAACUGAGAGUGAGGAAAAGGGGGAAGGGGAAAAAAUAAGGGAAGGAAAAUGUGUUGAGUGCGAGCAGAGCGAACGGAAGAGUGAGUUGUCCACGCCAGGAGCGCCGCACCACACCACUCGUUUUGACUGGAACUCCUUUAUGGAUUUUUUCUUUUCAUUUUUCUCUUUUUUCCCUACGUAGCUGGGGCUCUCUGGUUUGCUCACUUGUUUUCCCUGUCUUUUCUUUCUUCCUUUCUUUCUCGCUCUCGGCCUCACACAAAGGCUGGUGGAGAAAGCCUGCGAUCUAAAUAGCCAGAACGGAGUGUGCAGUAGGGAGGGAGGGAUAGAGAGGAAGACAAAGACGGAGAGAGAAGAUAUUUGCGAUCGACGAGAGGAGAAGAGAGAAGAUUUGCUGGCAGAUGCUGACUGGAAAAGAGCUGUUUAUGCCCCGGAGGGAAAAGAAGUGACGCUUCUUCUCAGUCCGAACCUAUUCAUAAUCCUACCAACCUAACCCACCCUGCCCUGACCCCCCCCUCCCUACUGCCCCUGUUACCCCCCACACGGCUCUCAAGUAUGGAACAGCUGAGGGUAAGGUGAAGGGUGCUUUUGGACAACGAGUGGCGGAUAGAGACUGAGCAAGAAGAAAGGAGAGAGGGAGGGGGAGAAAGAGAGGAGGCGGCGGCGGAGGGGAUACCCUCAGGACACACUCGGAGAAUCCCCCCUGCCCACUUUUCUUUUUUUUUCUUUCGUUCUGCCAUUGUCAUGUGCCUCCCUUAAUCUGAAGAAUGUGGAGACCGCAUUUCCCAGGUAUCCGGCCCCAGAUCAUGAAUGGGCCCAUGCACCCUCGCCCCCUAGUGGCCCUGUUGGAUGGACGUGACUGUACAGUCGAGAUGCCCAUCCUCAAAGACCUGGCCACUGUCGCCUUCUGUGAUGCCCAGUCCACACAGGAGAUCCAUGAGAAGGUGCUGAACGAGGCAGUAGGGGCCAUGAUGUACCACACCAUCACCUUGACCAGAGAAGACCUGGAGAAAUUCAAGGCUCUACGCAUCAUCAUCCGCAUCGGCAGCGGCUACGACAACAUCGACAUCAAGGCAGCCGGAGAGAUGGGCAUAGCGGUGUGUAACAUCCCAUCGGCGGCGGUGGAGGAGACAGCAGACUCCACUCUGUGCCACAUUCUCAACCUGUACCGGCGGAACACCUGGCUGUACCAGGCUCUCCGGGAGGGCACACGGGUCCAGAGCGUGGAGCAGAUCAGAGAGGUGGCGUCCGGAGCCGCCAGGAUCCGAGGAGAAACGCUGGGCCUCAUUGGCUUUGGUCGUUCAGGGCAGGCGGUGGCAGUGCGGGCCAAGGUGUUUGGCUUCAACGUGAUCUUCUACGACCCGUACCUGCAGGACGGUCUGGAGCGUUCGCUAGGUGUUCAGCGUGUCUACACCCUGCAGGACUUGCUCUACCAGAGUGACUGUGUCUCCCUGCACUGCAACCUGAACGAACACAACCACCACCUCAUCAACGACUUCACCAUCAAACAGAUGCGCCAGGGUGCGUUUCUGGUUAACUCUGCGCGGGGAGGUUUGGUGGAUGAGAAGGCCUUGGCUCAGGCCCUGAAAGAGGGCAGGAUACGGGGGGCCGCCCUGGACGUCCAUGAGUCAGAACCCUUCAGUUUUACCCAGGGUCCUCUGAAGGAUGCUCCUAACCUGAUCUGUACUCCUCACACGGCCUGGUACAGUGAACAGGCCUCGCUGGAGAUGAGAGAGGCAGCCGCCACAGAGAUACGCAGAGCCGUCACUGGCCGUAUCCCCGACAGUUUACGAAACUGUGUCAACAAGGAGUUCUUUGUUACCACGGCUCCUUGGACAGUGGAACAGCAGCAAAUGCACCCCGAACUCAACGGUGCCGCGUACAGGUACCCCCCUGGUGUGGUUGGUGUGGCCUCUGGUGGGAUCCAUGGGCCAAUGGAGGGGAUGGUGCCUGGGGGGGUGACAAUCGCCCACACCCUGCCCUCGGGUACCCACCCCUCCCAGGCCCCGUCCCCCAACCAACCCUACAAAAACGGGGAGCCCAUGAGAGAGCACAUGACCGAGCCAUAACUCUGCAUCCAGAGACGAAGGAGUUCAUAUAUACACAACUGACCCACCCACUCUUCGACCAGCAGACUGAUCGUUAGGGUUCACAGAACACCGGAACCAAGUGGGGACAGUGAAUAUAUUCACAACUGCUUCUCCAAAGUGGGGACCGUCAAAACUCAUGUUCCAAGGAUCCUCUUCUUUUACAUUUUUUAUUCCUGUUUUCUGGGACACGAUGUUACCGCAUGCCAGAGUUAAGGCCCGUCCACCUUGACUGACCCACCAAUAAGAGAGCUUGGAAGGACAAUGACAUCAUCUGUUACUGGCCUUCCUCCAACUCCACCCUGCCCCAUUCCAUCAUUUCAGUUCACGUGUGUCUAUUUUUCUUUCCUCUGUCCUGAGACCACCCUACAAAUGAAUGUCUUUCUGUUCUUCAAUGUGAAAAAAGAAAUUAUUAAGAAAUGACAUACAGUUGUCAGACAGUAGAAAAAGACAAUUGGAGUUACCAAUGCCAUCAGCAGUCUCAAUGGGGACCUCUAAACCCUGUCCUAGUCCAUCUCUCACCCUGCAGGUUGCUGGUUCCUGAAUGUACAGACAGGAUUUGAUGGACACAUCAGGGUUGCCAGAUCUCUUGAGCCUCAUGACCAAAACAAUAAGCCCAAAUUUAAGUGAAUAUGGGACCUGAAACUGUUUGAAUUUGUCCAUUGUGAACAUCUCUCAACCCCGGGGACCACCCAAUAUAUUAUAGAGAAGAUUUUGAUCUGGUAAACUCCUUUUUAGACAUCUAGUUUCUCUGAAGAGCUUCUUCAAAGCUCCAGGUUCUGACGCACAAGGGGGAUGAGACUUGCUGUAAAGGUCAUUAUCGCAAUCUUAAGACAAUGUAAACUUUCAUACCAACUCCGGAUUCAGUAAUCAUGUCGUGGUCUGUCACUAAAAUAUUGAAAUAAGAAAUGCAUGCAAAAGCCGUUCUAACUGUUAAAAGCACCUCUGCUUUUACAUGGACCUCCACAUCAUGGAUUUGGACAUUGUCGCAGGUGUUUGUAUGCUAGAGGGCUCUCUUAAAAUGUCCAUUUUUUUUCUCACCAAAAGGACCUACACAGUAGCACCAGCCAGACAGGAAAGGGUUUGGAAAUUGAGGUUACUGACUCAGGAAAAAUAACUUUUGCAGAUAUCUUUUUCCCCAAAUUGUCUGAAAGAAAAAAGUCUGGAUCGUUCUGCGUGUCUCCACCUUUUCUUCAUUGUGGUAUUUUUAUAAAUCAAACCUCUGUUUUUUGGUGUUCAAGGUUUUUGCAGAGUCCUGUUAGAUUUGUAUUGCCUAGUUAAAUGUUCUUAUAAUCAUAGUCUUAUGUGAACCACCCCUUUUUUCCCCCCCUUGUUCUUAUAAUGAAAGCCAGUUGGAGCUCUUGGAGGCAUCGUGCACUCUGUGAGCAACAUCCCUAGUGCCCUGACUUUAGCAAGACAAGGCUACUAACAGAUUGUUUGGUUUUUAGUGUGAGUAUUUGUACAAGGUGAUAUAUAAAAUUCAGUGCAGUUCAAAUAAAAAAAAUGCUGUUCUAUCA